AACCAGGCAGAACCGCACGCCCGCACACCGCUGCCUGCGGCGGGCAGGGCUGGCUGCCGCGGGGGCCUGGGCGAGCCCAUCGCGCCGUGCGCGGAGGGAGGGAGCGAGGAAGGACGGACCGACCGACCAGCGGGCGGGCAGGGGGAGCUGUAGCCGGCUGGGUGCGCGGCGACCUGAUCCCUGUCCAACAUGGUCGCCGCUCACACCUCCCAUUCCUCAUCCUCCGGCGAGUGGAUCGCUUGCCUGGAUAAAAGACCUUUGGAACGUUCCAGUGAAGAUGUAGAUAUAAUUUUUACACGACUGAAAGAAGUGAAAGCUUUUGAGAAAUUUCAUCCCAAUCUUCUCCAGCAGAUAUGUCUCUGUGGAUAUUAUGAAAAUCUGGAAAAAGGAAUCACAUUAUUCCGUCAGGGUGAUAUUGGGACAAACUGGUAUGCUGUUCUGACGGGAUCACUGGAUGUGAAGGUUUCUGAUACAAGCAACCACCAGGAUGCUGUGACAAUAUGCACUCUGGGAAUAGGAACUGCUUUUGGAGAGUCCAUUCUGGAUAACACUCCUCGCCAUGCAACCAUCGUUACCAGAGAAUAUAGUGAGCUCCUUCGAAUUGAGCAGAAGGACUUUAAAGCACUUUGGGAGAAAUAUCGACAGUAUAUGUCUGGACUUCUCACUCCUCCUUAUGGUGUUAUGGAAACUGGCUCCAACAAUGACAGAAUGCCAGAUAAGGACAGUAUGUCAAGCAGUGCUCUUUGCCAGGUUUCUAAAAAUUGUAAUAAGACACCUCUUAUUGAACCUCACAUCCCACAUCGUCCUACUAAAACCAUUACCCAGGUUCCUUCAGAAAAGAUCCUCAGAGCUGGAAAGAUUUUGCGGAAUACAAUUCUGUCCCGAGCCCCUCACAUGAUAAGAGAUCGUAAAUACCAUCUGAAGACUUACAGGCAAUGCUGUGUGGGGACUGAACUAGUUGACUGGAUGAUGCAGCAAAGUCCUUGUGUCCAUUCACGAACCCAGGCUGUUGGCAUGUGGCAAGUAUUGCUCGAAGAAGGUGUUCUUAACCAUGUGGAUCAGGAACACCACUUUCAAGACAAAUACUUAUUUUAUCGAUUUUUGGACGAUGAGCGUGAAGAUGCCCCUUUGCCAACUGAGGAAGAGAAAAAGGAGUGUGAUGAGGAGCUACAGGACACUGUCCUUCUACUGUCUCAGAUUGGGCCAGAUGCUCAUAUGAGGAUGAUUCUCAGAAAACCACCUGGCCAGAGAACUGUAGAUGACUUAGAAAUUAUAUAUGAAGAACUUCUUCACAUUAAGGCCUUAUCUCAUCUUUCUACCACAGUAAAGCGAGAAUUAGCAGGUGUCCUCAUUUUUGAGUCACAUCCCAAAGCAGGGACGGUCUUAUUUAAUCAGGGAGAAGAAGGUACUUCUUGGUACAUUAUCCUAAAGGGAUCAGUAAACGUAGUCAUUUAUGGCAAGGGUGUGGUAUGUACUCUACACGAAGGAGAUGAUUUUGGCAAGUUAGCACUUGUGAAUGAUGCUCCCAGAGCAGCAUCCAUUGUUCUGCGUGAAGACAACUGCCACUUCUUGAGAGUAGACAAGGAGGACUUCAACAGGAUCCUUAGGGAUGUGGAAGCAAAUACAGUAAGACUCAAAGAACAUGACCAAGAUGUCUUGGUGUUGGAGAAGAUCCCAGCAGGAAACAGAGUUUCUAAUCAAGGAAAUUCACAGCCUCAGCACAAGUAUAUUGUGAUGUCAGGAACCCCAGAGAAAAUUUUAGAGCACUUUCUAGAAACUAUGCGCCUUGAAGCAACUUUAAAUGAAGCAACAGAUUCUGUUUUAAAUGAUUUUAUUAUGAUGCACUGUGUUUUUAUGCCAAAUAGUCAGCUCUGCCCAGCCUUGAUGGCACACUAUCAUGCCCAGCCUUCCCAGGGUACAGAGCAGGAGAAAAUGGAUUAUGCCCUCAACAAUAAAAGGCGAGUCAUUCGACUGGUUCUGCAGUGGGCUGCUUUAUAUGGAGAUUUACUACAAGAAGAUGAAGCAGCAAUGGCCUUUUUGGAGGAAUUUUAUGUAUCUGUAUCGGAUGAUACUAGAAUGAUUGCAGCACUAAAGGAGCAACUUCCAGAGCUAGAGAAAAUUGUAAAGCAAGUUUCUGAAGAACCUAAAGCACCACAAAAGAAGCACAAAGUUCUUCUGCAGCUGUUCAACACAAGUGAUGACAGAGCACAGAAACGCCAGCCUAUCAGGGGCACUGACGAAGUUCUGUUUAAGGUGUACUGCAUAGACCAAACUUAUACCACUAUCCGGGUGCCAGUGUCUUCCUCUGUGAAGGAAGUGAUCAGCGCAGUAGCAGAUAAGCUGGGUUCUGGAGAAGGCCUCAUCAUAGUAAAGAUGAGUUCAGGAGGAGAAAAGGUUGUGCUCAAACCUCAUGAUGUUUCAGUGUUUACAACUCUCAGUGUUAACGGACGGCUGUUUGCUUGCCCACGUGAUCAGUUUGAUUCGUUGGCACCAUUACCAGAACAAGAAGGACCAUCUACUGGUACAAUGGGAACGUUUGAACUGAUGAGCUCCAAAGACUUAGCACAUCAGAUGACAAUUUAUGACUGGGAGCUCUUCAACUGUGUCCAUGAGCUGGAAUUGAUCUAUCACACUUUUGGAAGGCACAAUUUUAAAAAGACUACAGCAAAUCUGGACUUGUUUUUAAGAAGAUUUAAUGAAAUUCAGUUCUGGGUGGUCACUGAGAUUUGUCUUUGCUCUCAAGUCAGCAAGCGUGUUCAACUGUUAAAGAAGUAUAUUAAGAUAGCAGCCCACUGUAAAGAAUACAAAAAUCUGAAUUCCUUUUUUGCUAUUAUUAUGGGACUGAGUAAUGUUGCUGUGAGCCGUCUCUCGUUAACAUGGGAGAAACUUCCAAGCAAGUUCAAGAAGAUCUAUGCAGAGUUUGAAAGCCUAAUGGAUCCAUCAAGAAACCAUAGGGCCUACAGACUAACUGUAGCUAAAUUGGACCCUCCAAUAAUUCCUUUCAUGCCACUACUUAUAAAAGACAUGACGUUUACUCAUGAGGGAAACAAAACAUUCACUGACAAUCUAGUAAACUUCGAAAAAAUGCGCAUGAUUGCCAACACUGUCAGGACGGUGAAAUUCUGCCGAAGCCAAUCUUUCAAUCCCGAUGCAGCCCUAACUAAUAAGAACCAUCAGGAUGUUCGGAGCUAUGUGCGGCAAUUAAAUGUGAUUGACAACCAGAGAACUUUAUCACAGAUGUCUCACCGACUAGAACCGCGUCGAGCAUAAACAUUUGAAGCAAUGAUGAGAAAUGAUCUUUUAUCCUGUCAAGGUCACUUGUUAAGAACUUCACUUUCUGUGCUACCCCACUGCCACUACAAAACUAAGCAAAAACAUAUUCUAAGGUCUUAGGCAAUGCACAAUGUACCAGCCUGUCAGAGAACUUUGGCUGAGGAAGAAUUUAUGCACUGGAGUGGUAUGGGUGGCCAUGUUGUGACCUGUUAACUCAUCUUAAAAUGUAGUAAAUGAUUUCUCAUAUGGAUUAAAAAAGGCAAAAGAUAAAAUAGAACAGUUAGUGAAAAAUGCACAAAAAGCUUCUAACAAUUCUAAGGGAGGUAGUGUUUUUCUCCCUAAUGAAAAAUCUGUAUUUUAUGGUUUAUUCUCCAGGUCAGGACCAAAAGUGGUAUCAGUUUAGCUUGCCCGGCUACUGUUGACCUCAGUAGAAGGUGUAUGUAAGCAUCUGAUGAAAGAAUGUAGGUUCAAGAGAGGUCCACGGUAUAGUUCCGUUCAGAGAAGACAUAAAUAUUUCCAUUUGAAAUAAAACAGAUACUAUGAAAAAUUUCUAAUCUUAAUUGUACUGCCUCCUACUGCAAGCAGUGUGGCCAUUUCAGGACUGACAGGACUGAAAAUAUUUUGAAUGAGGAAUAGAUUAAUCUGUGUUUACAUUUUACUUCUUUUUUUAAACUACCAAUCAGGUUUUUACAAAAUUCCAUUAUGAUAGUAAGGUUGUCGAAAUCCUUAGCGUAAAGGUAGCAAAGGACUGGUUCAAAAAGAGCACAAUAUGCACAAAUGGAUUUCAAGAGAAUAAUUUCCUGGACAUUAAAACCUUAAACUUCAGCUAUAAUUAAUUGUGGCUGGUUAACACAUAUUUUCUGGUCUUAAGCAUUUACAAAUAUCUUAAUUUUUAGCCAAUUGUUUUGCACUUUCAAUAGACUGUAAAUAAAUGUUAAUUCAUUACAUUCUAGAAUACUUAUUUAUGUAAUAGCUAUUGUGCCAAAAUAAUUCAGUUUUAUUUAUUUUGUUAAGCAUGUUAUGGGAGUGCAGCUUUUGUCUUUAUACCUUGUCUGCAUUUUAUGUGUAGGAAUUAUGUGAUGUAUGUUUUCUGUAAAUAACAUGCAGUACCUUAUUAAAUGUAAUUGCCGGAAAGGUUUA